AUUAUAUAUCAUUUUAAUUACACAAAUUUUAAACAAUUUUAAAAUAUUUUAAUUUAAAUUUAUAAUUUUAAUUUGUAUUUUGUAAUUUACACAUUUACUUUCCCUAAUAUACUCCAAAAUGCAAUUACCUUCCAACUUCUUACACAUAAAUUUAAAAUACACUUCAAUGGAUGGCUAACAUUCUACAAUUUGAUGAUAUUUUCACCUGGCAGAGUGAUACUUACCGUUCGGUAUUUGUGGAUAGAAAGAACUCAUUUUUAAUAUACCAAAAUGCCUUUGACAAGAGUAUUCGUGUAAUAGAUGCCAAAAAUGGCAAAUCAGUCUACAGUAGUAACAGGUUUAACAAGCAAAUAUGUGAAUCAAUACUAGUUUCAUCUGACAGAAACUUCAUCUUAUACUGGUUCAAUGACCCAGUUACAAUAGGAAUUCACAACAUGCUUAAUAGUGACGAGAGUGAUGUUCUUCUGGAUCCUUCACAGUACGAGGAUUCAAUUGUGUUGAAAGUUUUUUGGUCAGAUAAUGAGAAUUCUAUAAACUCAAACUUUGUGAUUAUUUGUAAUAAUAGAGUGGAUGUAUACAAUUUUUCAUUCGAGAGUUCUUUGCUCAGAACACUGACUAGGAAAUCAGUUAGCUGUUUAGAUGCCUGGAACGACCUUAGCGGGAACUAUUUCAUACUUUUACAUCACAACAAGUCUUUAAAUCCAUACAAAAUAACUAACAAUGAAAUAUCCCAAUUGCCUGAAAUCGGAAUAACGCUGGCCUACGGUCACCAGAUACAACACUACGAAAUAUGCGUUGCUACACUAUAUGAAGGCACAUACUGUAUCUAUAAGGACGUUGUUAAUGGCACACUGUCGCUUAGAUCAUUGACCAAUAAUAAAAUACAUGAUAAAGUUCUAGAAGUAAACAGCCAAGGCUGGAUAGAGAUUUGUGUAAUUGAUAACUUGCUCAUCGUUUUAACUGGCAGUGGGACCUGCUACGUCUUUGACAUUGCAAUUAAAAAUGAUUACCUCUUGGCAAAAGUUCCCCAGAAAAAACCUCCAAUUUCUGCAAUAUCUAGUGAUAUAGAAGCAUUCAUACCAAAUAUCGUUGUUGACUUUUAUGGCGGAUUUGCAUACUACAUAAGUCUGGAUUUCAACACACUUUCUCUUUAUUUGUCGAGAUACUUCACAGAAACCAUGUCAGUCGAGUUUUUUCAGAGGCGAAUGAAUUGCACUGAUCGAGCCAUGGAAAUAAUCACAACCUCAAUAGAGAAUAGAGUUCAAAUUAAGAAUUUACUGUCACUUUCACUGACUGUAGCAGAACCAUAUUCAGAAACAUUAAAAAGGUUAAAUAAAUUAAAAGGGAACACUGGUAAAGGGCAUCCUAUUCCAUUUAACCUGAUUGAUAAGUUCAUUGGAGAAAGAUCAAUAAUAACGGAGCAUAACUUUGCAACAUCUGCGCUAUAUCCAUACGUGAUUAGGGAAUGGAAGCUGAAAAAUGGAGUUAACCUGUUUGAUUUUUCAAUAUCUCUACUGUGUUAUCACAGGAAUAUUGGUUUCCAGGAGUUGAUGAAGGCAAAAGAGGGGGUUAUCAUACCUAAAAACUGUGUUAACCAUUAUAUUGUUAAAAGCCAGAUAUUGUCUGAGUCCAAUGAAGAAAUAAACUUUGACAUGAGCAACUACUUGUCAUAUUUUGACAGCACAGUAUCAACUGAGGCUUCACCGUAUUCAGGAACUAAGACUCCAGCAUCACACACUAAUACACAUUUGUCGACUAUCUCCUCCUCCAUGACUAACAGUCCUGCAUCUAGUCCCACGUCCAGAAAUUUUAACAGUGAAAUUGGAUUUGAGGACGAGGUUGAUCCCUUUUAUAAGAGUGAGAGGAAGGACAAAGUUCCAGAAUUGUAUCGCAACAAGAAAACUAACUAUAUAAUCAUAGUUACACUUUGCUACAUUAAAUCCCUAGUUUUCAACAGACUUCAUCCUUCGAACAUGCUGCUCGUGUUUCUUUUUGACGUUUGCGUCCUGUACAAUAACCUGAGUCUGCUUACUUACAUGAUUCGAGCUAGGGUUGUCAGAGACAACUUCUUCAUCUGCUACAGACUGUAUCUUUUAUUUCACGCCCUAAGUGACAAUCACAUCAAGCAGCUUUCCUAUGAUAUGUCUAAGCGUCUAAAGUUAUAUACAAUAACCAUUAAAAUACUCUUACACGACAAACAGUACUACAAAGCUCUGAUGUUGAUCAAGAAGGAGAAGAUCGACUAUCCCAUCUACAGGGUACUGUAUCUGGCUGCCAAUGACGUGAGUGAACAGAAGCUGAGACCUUACUUGUGGCAACUCCUAAUCUCGUUCAUUCUCGUCUGGGUUCAGGAAAACAAGAACGAGCCUCAGAAGCACACCAGACCAAACCUGGAAAACUGUCAGAUGUGGCUACCUGAUGUACACUAAUAUGUUUUUGGAAUUAUUCUCCAAUUAAUUUGUUAAUUCUCUA